GGUCUUUUUGCAGUUGCAUUUUUAAGCUGCCACUUAAAUACUAAUCUAACUAAAUAUUAAAUUCUGAAAUCCAGCUCAACUGUGGGGAGUAUAUAAUCAUGUUUUAUUUAAUGCUACGAGAUUAAAUUCUCUAACCUUUUGAAUAAAUGGUUGCUCCUGUUAGUUGAAGUCAAGAUUUGAGAUCUGUUGCCGGUGCCGGAGGAUUUUUCCGAUGGUUUGGCCGGAAAACAUGAAGCUCCGACAGUGACUCAUCUUGGAACAUAACAAAUUCAAAGGAAAAUUUCUCAUGGCAUUCUGCUCUGCUCAACUGGUCAAGUUAAUCAUCUUCAUAGUUUUCCUUUUGCCUCUAGCAUACGCUGACUUGAACUCAGAUAAACAAGCUCUUCUUGCAUUUGCUAAUUCGGUACCCCAUGGUCCAAAGCUCAACUGGAAUAACAACACUGCUAUAUGCACUUCGUGGGUUGGUAUCAACUGUACUUCUGAUGGGACCCGAGUCUUGGCUCUUCGACUUCCUGCUGUUGGACUGAAAGGCCCAAUUCCAGCCAACACACUUGGAAAACUUGAUGCAUUACAGAUUUUAAGCCUUAGAUCAAAUCGCCUAAAUGGAAGCUUACCGUCUGAUCUUCUUUCUCUACCUUCCCUCCAUUAUCUAUUCCUUCAAAGAAAUAGCUUUGCUACUGACAUUCCGCCUUCCUUUCCUCCUCGCCUGAUGGUUUUGGAUCUUUCAUUCAAUUCUUUCACCGGAAAUAUUCCAGCUUCAAUCCAGAACUUAACACAGUUAUCUGGAUUGAACCUCCAAAAUAACUCCCUUUCUGGCCCUAUUCCAAACAUUACAUUCUCCGGACUAAAACGCUUAAACAUAAGUUAUAACCAUCUCAAUGGCUCGAUUCCACCUUCCCUCCAAACAUUCCCAAAUUCAUCGUUUAUCGGGAACUCUUUUUCAUGUGGACUGCCUUUGAAUCCUUGUUCAACAGUACCUGCUCCCUCUCCUUCUCCACCUGUCAGCCCAAAAAAACAUAGUUCUGAUAAGAAACUUCCAACAUGGGCCAUCAUUGCCAUUGCGGUUGGAGGUGGUACUGUGCUGCUACUUAUAUUUAUUUUUAUCCUUUGCUGUUGUUUGAAGAAAAAGAGUCGUGACCCAAGUCGCGUCACGAAAGCAAAGUCUUCUACUGGUGGAAGGGGUGAAAAGCCCAGGGAACAAUUCGGUAGUGGGGUGCAAGAGCCUGAAAAGAACAAAUUAGUUUUCUUUGAAGGGUGUUCUUAUAACUUUGAUCUUGAGGAUUUAUUGCGGGCUUCAGCUGAGGUGCUUGGAAAAGGUAGUUUUGGGACAGCAUAUAAGGCGGUUCUGGAGGAGUCUGUAACAGUUGUUGUGAAAAGAUUGAAAGAAGUAGUGGUGGGGAAGAAAGAGUUUGAACAGCAAAUGGAGAUUAUUGGGAGAGUUGGGCAGCACCAAAAUGUUGUACCUCUUCGGGCUUAUUAUUACUCAAAGGAUGAGAAGCUUCUUGUCUAUGAUUACAUCUCGGCUGGUAGCUUAUUGACACUCCUGCACGGAAACAAGGGCUCCGAAAGAACUGCACUAGACUGGGAAACCAGAGUCAAAAUCGCCCUCGGAGCUGCAAGAGGAAUAGCCCAUAUCCAUUUAGUUGGAGGCCCAAAAUUCACUCACGGAAAUAUCAAGUCCUCAAAUGUCCUCAUCACCCAAGACUUGAAUGGAUGCAUUUCAGACAUCGGCUUAGCCCCUAUCAUGAACUUCCCUCCUCCUUCCUCUCGCCACGCUGUUGGAUACCGAGCUCCCGAAGUUCUUGAAACCCGAAAACACUCUCACAAAUCAGAUGUUUACAGCUUCGGCGUACUCCUCCUUGAAAUGCUAACUGGGAAACAACCGAUUCAAUCUCCCGGAAGAGAAGACAUGGUGGAUCUCCCGAGAUGGGUUCAGUCGGUAGUUCGAGAAGAAUGGACUGCUGAGGUUUUCGAUGUUGAGCUCAUGAAGUUUCAGAACAUUGAAGAGGAAAUGGUUCAGAUGUUGCAGAUUGGGAUGGCUUGUGUGGUGCGGCUCCCGGAUAUGAGACCCACAAUGGAUGAAGUUGUUAAGAUGAUAGAGGAGGUUCGGGGGUCCGACUCUGAAAACCGGCCUUCGUCUGAUGAUAACAAAUCUAAAGACUCACAUGUGCAGACCCCUUAAUUUCGGGAUUGAAAAUGUAAGUUUGUGAAGAAAGAAGAAUGAAUAAAACUUAUUUGAUUGUCUGAAUUACCUCCCUACCCACAUUUGAUAUGUAAAUGCAUGAAGUUGUGCAACUAGUGAGCAAGAUUUAAUUUGUUUGAUUUGGGCAUAUUUUAGGAUUAGUUUUACUUGUUUUAGAGGCCUUUUCUGUAAGUUUAUCCGCUGCAGGAGUUUUUUACUUCAGUUACCAAAAUUCUUUACUGUUUGAAUGGAUUGGGUUCGUGAUUUGAAGCA